AUGCACCGGACGCCAUCAUCGCCCAAGGCUACGGCUGCGUUCCCCGGGGCCAUCUCUCUAGUUUCGGCCGAUAACACAUCGGAAAUUCCUCGCCGACCCUCGAUAACUCCCUCAAUAUCGAGCUCCUCCUCGUCCUCGGAGUCUGAGAAUUCUUCUCAGCCGCAGUCACCUCGAUCAUCGUCCCGAAGAGGGCGGAUGGACAGGCCGCGACUCGGUGACAGACAGCGGUCGAAUAAUACCAUUAUUGUUCCCAAAGACCGGGCCGGCUGGCAACGAGACAAACCACAAUAUCCCCCGGACGACGCCAGAGCCAUGAGUCCUAGGCGGAAUAGCGAGGAUAUUGAAAGACUGGAACGUGGCCUUCGCGAGGCUCUGAAACAGCAAGCACAAAGUCUACAAUCCUCAUUGGCCGCAUUGGCCGAGAAAAUCGACGAAGUCAAGAACGACCACGAUAAACUCGAGACGGAGAACCGAUUUCUACAGGACUAUAUCGGCGGACUGACGAGGACAAUGUCAAAGGACAAUCUUACCCGGAGUACGAGUAUGAGUUCGAAGAAGAAGGGAAGAAGAUGA